AUGCUCCGCCUGGGAGCGCAGCGGCUGCGGGGCCUCCCUCUGCGGAGUGUCCCGCUACGGGGCGCAGAACCUGCGCACUCCCUGGGCCACCCGCGCUCAGUCUACACCCAGGAAGGAGAGGAAAAAUCACCCUUAUCUACAGAAACACAAUGGAAAGACAGAGCAGAAACAGUGAUAAUUGGGGGUGGCUGCAUUGGUGUGAGCCUGGCUUAUCACCUGGCCAAAGCGGGGAUGAAGGAUGUGGUCCUUCUGGAGAAAUCGGAGCUCACUGCUGGAUCUACCUGGCACGCAGCAGGUUUAACAACUUACUUCCAUCCUGGAAUAAACUUGAAGAAAAUACAUUACUAUAGCAUCAAACUUUAUGAAAAACUGGAAGAAGAAACCGGACAGGUGGUGGGAUUCCAUCAGCCAGGUAGUAUCAGAAUUGCUACAACUCCUGUAAGGGUAGAUGAAUUUAAAUAUCAAAUGACUCGGACUCGUUGGCAUGCAACAGAACAGUAUAUUAUUGAACCAGAGAAAAUUCAAGAGAUGUUCCCUUUACUCAACAUGAGCAAGGUUUUAGCUGGACUGUAUAACCCUGGAGAUGGUCACAUUGAUCCUUAUUCUCUAACUAUGGCACUGGCUGCUGGAGCUAGGAAAUAUGGUGCCUUUUUAAAAUAUCCUGCACCAGUGACUUCUUUGAAACCCAGGUCAGAUGGAACAUGGGAGGUCGAAACACCACAGGGAUCUAUGAGAACAAAUAGAAUUGUGAAUGCUGCAGGAUUUUGGGCUCGUGAAGUUGGUAAAAUGAUUGGAUUAGAACAUGCUCUUAUUCCAGUUCAACAUCAAUAUGUUGUUACAUCGACUAUACCUGAAGUGAAAGCUUUGAAACGAGAACUCCCUGUGAUCCGUGACCUGGAAGGAUCUUAUUACCUCCGACAGGAAAGGGAUGGACUUUUGUUUGGUCCAUAUGAAAGUCAGGAGAAAAUGAAACUUCAAGACUCCUGGGUCACCAAUGGAGUCCCUCCAGGUUUUGGAAAGGAACUCUUUGAGUCUGAUCUUGACCGAAUCAUGGAAUAUGUUGAAGUUGCCAUGGAAAUGGUACCAGUCUUAAAAAAGGCUAACAUCAUCAAUAUCGUCAAUGGUCCUAUCACCUAUUCUCCUGACAUUCUUCCUAUGGUGGGCCCCCAUCAGGGAGUCAGAAACUACUGGGUGGCUAUAGGCUUUGGAUAUGGCAUAAUCCACGCUGGUGGGGUAGGGAAAUAUCUCAGUGACUGGAUCCUACAUGGAGAACCUCCUUUUGAUCUGAUAGAAUUGGAUCCCAAUCGCUAUGGAAAAUGGACAACAACCCAGUACACUGAAGCCAAAGCAAGGGAGUCAUAUGGAUUCAACAAUAUUGUUGGUUAUCCUAAAGAAGAGCGGUUUGCAGGGAGGCCGACUCAGCGUAUCAGUGGGCUCUAUAGUACCCUGGAGUCUAAGUGUUCCAUGGGGUUCCAUGCGGGCUGGGAGCAGCCACACUGGUUCUACAAACCUGGGCAAGAUACUCAGUACAAGCCAAGUUUUUGCCGCACAAACUGGUUUGAGCCUGUAGGCUCUGAGUAUAAACAGGUUAUGCAAAGAGUCGGGGUAAUUGACCUGUCACCCUUUGGCAAGUUUAACAUCAAAGGCCAAGACUCCAUGAAACUGUUGGACUAUCUAUUUGCAAAUGUUGUUCCAAAGGUGGGUUUUACAAAUAUAAGUCACAUGUUAACACCGAAAGGUCGAGUGUAUGCUGAGUUGACUGUUUCUCACCAGUCUCCUGGGGAGUUUCUGUUAAUAACUGGUUCUGGAUCAGAACUUCAUGAUCUUAGAUGGAUUGAAGAAGAGGCAAUAAAAGGUGGAUAUGAUGUUGAAAUUAGAAACAUAACCGAUGAGCUUGGAGUCCUUGGGAUUGCAGGGCCACAAGCAAGAAAGGUCCUUCAGAAACUCACCUCUGAAGAUCUUAGUGAUGAUGUUUUCAAGUUUCUUCAAACCAAGUCCUUAAAGGUUUCCAACAUUCCUGUCACUGCUAUUAGGAUAUCUUAUACUGGAGAGUUGGGUUGGGAGCUGUACCACAGACGAGAAGAUUCUGCAGCGCUUUAUGACGUUAUCAUGAAUGCAGGCCAGGAGGAGGGAAUUGACAAUUUUGGAACCUAUGCCAUGAAUGCCUUAAGACUGGAGAAAGCGUUUAGAGCCUGGGGGUCAGAGAUGAACUGUGAUACAAAUCCCUUGGAAGCUGGACUGGAAUAUUUUGUAAAGUUAAAUAAGCCAGCAGACUUCAUAGGAAAGCAAGCACUGAAACAGAUUAAAGCCAAGGGGCUGAAGCGGAGACUGGUCUGCCUCACCUUGGCAACGGAUGAUGUUGAUCCCGAGGGAAAUGAAAGCAUCUGGUAUAAUGGCAAGGUGGUUGGCAACACAACAUCUGGGAGCUACAGUUACAGCAUCCAGAAGAGUCUAGCUUUUGCAUACGUCCCUGUAGAGCUAAGUAAAGUGGGACAGCAAGUGGAAGUUGAACUAUUAGGCAAAAAUUACCCAGCAGUCAUCAUACAAGAACCCUUGGUAUUAACGGAACCAGCCAGAAACCGACUUCAGAAAAAAAGUGGAAAGGACAAAAUUUGAAAAAGACCUUUAACAAUCAACUAAAUGAUCGUUGCUAUAUGACUGCGCUUGAAAUUAUUAUUAUAAUUGUUUCUCCAGUUGAUUAGAGGAAACCAGUAAUUCAUCUCAGAAUCAUUAAAAUCUAGAUUUGGAAUCUUAAUAAAACUUUCUCUUAAUUGUUUUCUAAGCAAGGUGGAAUAUUAGAGUAUUGAAUUAGUGAUUUACAUUGUUCUUACAAAUGAGGAAACUUUGAAAUGAAUGUUUUUACCAUCCCAUGUUGUUGUUUAUGAGACUCAGUCAGCAAAAGAUUUAGCAAUUUGUUAAUAUACAAUCAUUACUAUAACUGAAUUAGGGAACAAUUAUAUAAUUUUAGGGAUAUACACAUAUAUUUCUUGGUGGCUGAAAACAAAUUAAUUAUGUUUUACAUGAAAACAAAUGCAAUACCGUUGAUGGAUUUACUUCACUGAGAAAUUUUUUUCUUAGAUGAGUAAAUGAUAGUUUUAAUUUUUCGUAUCUAUGAUGAAAAUGGUAAAAUUUAAACUUGAUAUAUA